AUGAUUUUUCAUCAGUGGACCACACUGGACUAUAGAAUUGAUGACAGCCUACAGAGAAAAGUUGGCCGGCGCAAAGAUGUAGGAGAAAUCGCACAACUACCACAACUUCACUUCUGGCAAGAAAUACGAGAAGACAGUGCCAUGAGACACAUCAUAUCAUUCACAUGUGAUGCUCCCUUUCUUGCAAGUCGCUCGUCUCAGCCGCAAAUAUUGAAUUCAACGACACAAAAAAAGAGAGAGGAAGAGAGAGAGGGAGAGAGAAAGGAAGAGGGAGAGAAUGGGAAGGAAUUGCAAACUAGUGCAAAGCCUAAAACUGAGAGCAGCGAAGUAGGAAAUGAUGCAGCGAAGUGUGGUGAUAGAUCGACGAAAGAGAAUGUAAAGAUGGAAGAAGAAAAUGCUAAUGAAGAAAAGAGUGACAGUGUUACUGACUGUGGGCACAUGGAGAAAGAGGAGAGCAGAGAAAUUGCAAAGAAAGUCGAAUUCAUGACUUUGAAAGUCAAAGGUCAGAGCUUCAUGAUUCACCAGAUUCGGAAGAUGGUGGGUCUCGUUAUCGCCAUAGUGAGAGGGUUUGCCCCGGAGACGACGCUCGUUGAGGCUUUUCAAAAUGGGAAGGUUGAUAUUCCUAGAGCACCUGCAUUGGGACUACUUCUGGAGAAUGUGAGCCGUUCAUAUGUACUAUACCAACUUAAUCACUAUCAAAUUACUGGUGGAUGAUAUUCUACUAGUACUAGCAGCUCAAGAUAGAUUUAAGGUCGGAUUCAGAAGAUUGCGAAAGAAAAUUUCGAAACACGAAUA